UCUCCCUUCCAAUCCCCCCCCGCCCUUCUCUCAAACAAAAACACCAAAAGAAAUGGAGGCUCUCCGUCUACAGCCACCACAGGGACCACCACUCCUCCGCCCAAGCCGCUCCAGAUUGCCCUCACAAAUCCUCACUAGACCCCACUACAACCCCAACAAGUCAAUCAAGCCGUUCAUCAAUGCCACCCUAUCAAAACCCGCCGCGGAGAUCCCUCCAUUGUCAACUUCAUCAUCUACCUCCCACGACAAUCCCUUACGCUCCUCCAUGCUUUCUUCACCUCCAUAUCCCGCAAAGAAAGUCUCUGCAAAUUCUCUGCAAUACCCGUCCGGUUACUUGGGUGCCGUACCGGAACGUACUGUUAAUGAUGGCGAUAAUGAGAGUAUAAUAAAUGCAAUGGAGUAUUUGACGAAUAUACUGUCGUCAAAGGUGUAUGACGUUGCGAUUGAAUCUCCUUUGCAGCUGGCGCCUAAGCUCUCUGAGAGAUUAGGAGUCAAGGUUUGGCUCAAGAGAGAGGAUUUGCAGCCGGUCUUUUCAUUUAAGCUGCGUGGAGCUUACAAUAUGAUGGCAAAACUUCCAAAGGAACAGCUGCAAAGAGGAGUUAUCUGCUCAUCAGCUGGAAAUCAUGCCCAAGGUGUUGCAUUAGCCGCCAAAAGACUAGGUUGCGAUGCUGUGAUUGCAAUGCCUGUUACUACACCUGAAAUUAAGUGGCAAUCUGUUGAGAGGUUGGGUGCGACAGUUGUUCUAGUUGGGGAUUCUUAUGACGAAGCACAGACAUAUGCUAAAAAGAGGGCCAAAGAAGAGGAUCGGACAUUCAUACCUCCUUUUGAUCACCCAGAUGUUAUCAUGGGACAGGGAACUGUUGGGAUGGAAAUUGUACGUCAAAUGCAAGGUCCGUUGCAUGCAAUCUUUGUGCCUGUGGGUGGCGGCGGCUUAAUAGCUGGUAUUGCUGCAUAUGUAAAGAGGGUAAAUCCUGAGGUUAAGAUCAUUGGUGUGGAACCCUCUGAUGCAAAUGCUAUGGCAUUGUCUCUACAUCAUGGUCAGAGAGUGAUGCUGGAUCAGGUUGGAGGUUUUGCAGAUGGUGUGGCUGUUAAAGAGGUUGGAGAAGAAACUUUCCGCUUAUGCAAGGAAUUGGUAGAUGGUGUAGUUCUCGUGAGCCGUGACGCUAUUUGUGCGUCAAUAAAGGACAUGUUUGAGGAGAAAAGGAGCAUUCUAGAGCCAGCAGGUGCGCUUGCCCUUGCUGGGGCUGAAGCAUAUUGCAAGUAUUAUGGCGUCAAGGGUGCAAAUGUUGUGGCGAUAACAAGUGGGGCAAAUAUGAACUUUGAUAAACUGAGGGUUGUGACUGAACUUGCCAAUGUUGGUAGGCAACAAGAAGCUUUGCUUGCAACUGUUAUGCCAGAGGUGCCAGGGAGUUUUAAACAUUUUUGUGAACUGGUAGGGCCUAUGAAUAUCUCUGAGUUCAAAUAUAGAUCGAAUUCUGAAAAGGAUGCUGUUGUUCUAUACAGUGUUGGCCUUCACACAGCUUUUGAACUUGAAGCAAUGAAGAAGCGGAUGGAAUCUUCUCAACUAAGAACUUACAAUUUGACCGCAAGUGACUUGGUCAAAGAUCACUUGCGUUAUUUGAUUGGUGGCAAAUUAAAUGUUCCGGAUGAGGUUCUUUGUCGUUUUGUUUUCCCAGAAAGGCCUGGUGCGUUGAUGAAGUUUUUGGAUUCUUUCAGUCCACGCUGGAACAUUAGCUUGUUCCAUUACAGAGGGCAGGGUGAAACUGGUGCCAAUGUCCUGGUUGGCAUCCAGGUUCCACAGAGUGAGAUGGACGAAUUCUGUAGUCGUGCCAACAGCCUUGGAUAUGAUUAUGUUGUCGUAACUGAUGACAAUGACUUCCACCUUUUGAUGCAUUGAUUAGAAUCACGAAUUAUAUAUCUCAGCUGGGUUUAGCAAGGCUUGGUACUUGAGCAACAAACCUUUAAUAGGAGUGGACUGUGGAGGGAAAACAGACACCUCUCGGGCAUUAUCACAAGAGAAGAGGGAGAACUUGUACCAUUUGUGUUCUGUUUCGUGGUUAUUUCCCCAUAAUGUAAUUUAUGAUUACGUUUUCCUUGUUUCUUUCUUCUGUUUGAAAGGGAAACCGUAUGCUAUGCAAUGUGGAACUUGCAACAUGGUUCAAUAA